AUGGAAUCAGGAAUUAGCAACGAUGAUAUUUACGAGGCGAUAACAGACCUAAUCUUCUAUGUUGACGAAGUUACUUCUUCCGCAAGUUAUUACUCUUCUCCGGGGUAUGAUUUGCUAGUGUCCUUGCUUCUUAUUCCUGACUCUCACAUUGAAGAAGCGAUUCAACUUGAAGAAGCGAUUCAGAUUGAAGAAGCGGUUCGAGUCUCGUUCCACGAAACCAACAAUUUCCCUUUGAGACCCGCAAGCAAGCUCAUGGUCAAGUCCUUAACCAGGAAAAUAUACGAGAAGGUUAAUUCUACUGGCGAGACGACGUGCGCUAUUUGUUUGAAAGAGUUUAUUAACGGUGAAAGUAGAGUUGUGAAUUUACCUUGUGGUCAUGACUUUGACGAUGAGUGUCUCCUAACGUGGUUUAAGACCAAUCACACAUGUCCACUGUGUUGUUUCAAGUUGCCGUGUGAAGAUCAAAAUUGA